CAUUCGUUUCUGCUUCCAUAAUUUUUAAACAACAAUUAAAAGGUUCCUUCUUUUAUAUAUAAGCAUAUACACCUAAAAAAAUACUUUAUAGGAAGCGAUAAUUAAAAUAAAAAGUUACAUGAAAUAGUCACGUGACCGGUGGGAGCUGCUAGCUUGCGAAGCAGUUUGAGAAGUGAAAGGACUAAAAAGUGAGCGGGGAAAAAGGAAAAAUAAACUGACUGAUGGUGUAAAUAAUGAAAUGCAGGCAGCUGCGAUGGAUCCAGCUGAGGAGCCUCCGUCCAUCCUGUGGGGACUGGACCCGCUGUUCUCCGCCUUCGUUCGGCUUUAUGUCCGAGACAUCCUGCAGAUGGCGGAGUCCACUCAGGUACCAGGAAUUUACUUCUACAACCUGCACCCUGUGUACAAGGUGGACGUCUUGGGGACGGUGGUCUAUAAGAGAGAGCGAGACGACUUCUUCUGCUACGGAGUGGACGACGGGACGGCCGUGAUCAACUGCCUCUGCUGGAAGAGUGACGAGCUAAAAACCGAGGAUCCCCCCGUGGCGGACUCCAGCCGGGGGGCUCCCGGGGGCUUCAACCUCCUGAAGGAGCUGAAGGAGCUCAGACGAACUCAGCAGGAGCACCACCGCCUGGAGAUCGGAGAGCUGGUUCGAGUCCGAGGGAAGGUGAAAACGUCCAGGCACCAGAGAGAAAUCACAGCCUCCAUCUACUACAAAGUGAACGAUCCGGUGAUGUCGGAGCAGAUCUCCUGGAUGAUGGAGCUUCCUCAGCUCUACAGGGAGUUUUACGACAAGCGUCUGCAGCUGGAGCCUGACGCAGUGGGUAACUCGCUGCACAGAGCCAAAAACAUGAUCAAGGACUUCCUGGAAAAGAAAUCGGUGUCUAGGUUCAGACCGCAUGAUGUACAGGAUGUCCUGCUGCCGCUGAUCUCUGCUCAGCCUCACAGCAGUCCUGCAGACCAGGAGGUUGCAGGCCCGUCUGCAGGCCCGUCUGCAGGCCCGUCUGCAGGCCCGUCUGCAGGCCCGUCUGCAGGUCCGUCUGCAGGCCCGUCUGCAGGUCCGUCUGCAGGUCAGCAGCUCCGACAGCUCCUCAAAGAGGCGCUGCAGGUUCUCCAAGACGAUGGCUUCGUGUACCGCAGGGUCAAGUCCCAGGACGAGGUCUUUCUGGUGACGACUCGGGACAAAGAUCUUCUGAUGGCUGUGCAGGAUGUCAUCAGAGAGGAUUCCAAAAGAGAGAAGUAUGCGGAGAAAGGCUGUCACGUCCUGCACAUCCUGUCUGCGGUGCGUCAGCGGUUCAGUCUGAACGUGAGCAGAGCCGCUCUGGAGCUCGUCCUCUCCUCGCUGGAAUGCAGCAGUGACAUUAUCAGCCCCAGUGACCAGCAUUACAUCGCCGUUUAACUAAACCUGUCCCCAUCAUGAGCAGGACUGACACAUCCUCAGCAUGUGCCUAACAUAUCCUCAACACAAUGACAACAUGUUAAAUCAUUCCUCUAUGAAAGUAUGUGUACAGUUAUAGAAAAACAAGUCUGUUGCUGCAAUGAAAAAUGUGACAUUAAUGUUAUUAAAGAAAGUUUUGUAUUUUAUAUAAAAUGACUUAAAAC